AUGGGGAUAUUUUCUUUAUUAGUCUUUAAUAUCGUGGUUUCAGCGGUCAAAGAUAAGACUCUGGAUAAGCCCCGGUUAAAAUCAUAUUUCCUGCCUGAAGUAGACCAAUACAUUGACUGGUGGAAAAUCACUGACCAAAAUUUCGACCAAAGAAUACUCGAAUCAGUGGAUCCAUGGAUCGUCGUCAUUGCGCCGGAGCAUCAGAUCCCCGUCGCUUGGAAAGAAUACGCGAUGAAAUACAGAGGACUAGUCUUCUUCGGAAAGUUUUUUGACAAAUGGGGCGAGAAUUUGGAAGAAAGAUUCGGCUACGAGGGCAAACCUAAAGCCUUGGUGUAUCCUUGGACAAGAGAGGCAAAAAAGAAAGGACCCGUGAUUACUGACGACUUUUCUGUUGCGAUCGAAAAAGCGGUUGAAAGCCUCCCCGUCAAGAAUCUUCAACGACUGACCUUCGAUACAACCAUUGAAGACCCUUCUAAUAUUGACGCUUUUCUAACAAACUCCCUCUACGGGGAAGAAAAGAAGCCCCGAUUCCCUGUGAUCUUCUUGCUUUACGACAAAGAAGUCGAAGGAAUUCCAGCCAUUGCGCGAUCAAUUUCCCAUUACUUCAGCGACUCGUUCAAAUUCGCAUUCAUAAAGUUUGAGCAACUCGUAGACUUGCGAAAAGUCUUUCCAGAGUAUUACCCAACUGAGAUGAUCGAUGAAUUUCCGGAUAUUCUCGUUCCUUUGGGGAAAGAACCAGCUGAUGAUGCUGAAGAGGAGGACUUUGAGCUGACAUUUUCGGUGGUGCGAAUGUCCAAGCAAAAAUUCGGUAGUUCUUCGAAAUUUAACGACGUCACUGGCUUCUUAUUCUGGGUAAACGAGCAAUUCCGCGAAUCCCUUCCCGGUCGAGAUCCAAACGAACACAUGGAUCAGACGACAAUGGGGCCCAUCAGAAACAAGCUCUGGAAAAGACUUGAAAUAAUUAAACCGGCUGUGAUGAAGGCGCAAAAAGAAAAUGAUGUCAUGAGAGCAGCAAAACGCUUUGAAAAGCUAAACGAAGCUGCAACCAAAAUGGUCGAAGAGAAUAAAAAAGAAGUUGAGCGGCUGAAAAAAGAGCUCGAAGACUCUGAAGAAAAGCUCAAGGAAACCGAGGCUAAACUCGAAGAAUCACAAUCAAAGAUCGAGGAAACCGAAGCAAAGCUUGAAAAUGACGGGGCUAAUGAGUCUUCUGAUCCGCCUGAGAAGAGAGACGAGCUCUAG